GAUGCCCUUACACUCGACUACAAUGUGAAAUUCCCACUUUCGCUCGUCAUAUCUCGCAAAAUCAUUUUGCGUCACCAGCUCCUCCUUCGUUUUCUCUUGCAUUUCAAGCACACAGAACAGUCGCUCGCAUCGAUGUGGAUAGAACAGAAGACAAGUCCUUGGUGGCGUCCUGUGCCAAACCAUCCCAAGUUCGAGCAGUGACGACUGCGAGUUGCGUUCUUGAGAGCUCGCAUGCUUUCGUUUAGCAAAUACUGGCUUUCACGACAUUCGAGGUUCUUGAACCUAGUAACUGGCGGGCGCUAGAAGCGAAAUUGGCUAAGGCAACUGCCGUAGACCAGCUUCUGAAGGAUCACAUAGACUGUUUGGACACGUACCUGCAGUGAAAGAAUGCACGUUGACGAAUACCAAACUACUGAGGUGACGUGUUCUACAUUCGCGCUGUACAGCUCGUCCCUCACCAAGCUCGUCGAUCAAGCGCUCGCAGUAGUAGAGAGCGGUGACAUCGACCAGGCGAUGAACAAACGCUGGGAAUUCCUGGAAAAGCUUGAGUCUAACUUUAAUCACUAGAUUUAAAAUAAUGUUAUUUUAUUCACGCGGCUGUCGCCUUCCUGGCCAACAAUUUUUGUACAAGUUUCAUCUGGAUUGCGUGCAGUACUAUGCGCCAAGUGAGAAUGUGUCGCUGCUUCCUCUUGUAGUGCGGUUGAGUAGCAUCAAGACGAUAUCAUAGCAUCAGCUGCAUCAAUGAGAAGACGGGGGAUUCGGUUACGUUUAUUGCUUUCUCAGGUCUAUCGUCGUCGCAUUUGUUUUUCUAGCCAUGCACGAUAUAUAUGUUGCUGCACGCUAUCAUUUAUGAUGUGAAGGAC